AUGGUCGAUUGAAAUUGAAUGGAGGUGUAUAUAUUUUAUUUCAUUCCGUGGAUCUUUAUUUUGAAGAUUUAUUAAUAAAAGUCAGAGUAAAAUGGUGUGUUUUGGUAGGUAAUAGCUUCCGGGAAUAUUAUAGUGUUGAAAUUACUAAGUUAUGGCUAGUGAUUCGGACUGUGUAAGGACAGAAUUAUGUUAAUGUACUCCUCAUGUCACCGGGUUCCACCUAUGUACCUGGGCCUCGAAGACAUGCGGCGUAGGUAGAGAUGGUGAAGUGAGCGCGGCGAGAUGGUGCCGUGUGUGGUAGCUGCGCUGCUCCUGGCUACGUCCGCGCGCGCCCUAGACAUAUCUCAAUGCAUCGCGCCCCUGGGCAUGCAGAGCGGGCUCAUCCCGGACAAGGACCUGACCGCCAGCUCCUCCUUCAACGACGGGAACGUGGGGCCACAGAAUGGAAGGUUAAAUCAAGAGAUAAAAGGCGGCGCUUGGUGUCCCAAGUCCCAGAUCACGACGGAGUCGACCGAAUGGCUGGAAAUAGACUUGCGGUCCGUCCACGUGGUCACGGGCGUGGGUACGCAGGGCCGCUUCGGCAACGGCCAGGGCGCCGAGUACGCGGAGGCCUACGUCAUCGAGUACUGGCGCCCUAAACUGGGGAAGUGGGUGCGCUACCGCGGCUCCGACGAGAAGGAGAUAAUGCAAGGCAACACGAACACGUAUUUAGAGAAGAAGAACCACCUGGACCCGCCGAUAUGGGCGCAGAGGAUCCGCGUGAUACCCUACAGCUUCCACCGGCGCACCGUCUGCAUGCGGGUCGAGCUCUACGGCUGCUACUGGAGCGUGGGCAUAGUAUCAUACAACAUGCCGAAAGGCGACAAGCGCAGCAACGGCGUGGAGCUGACGGACAUGAUCUACGACGGCGCGUGGGGCGACGAACUGCGCGGCGGGCUCGGGCAGCUCGUGGACGGCAAGUUCGGCGGCGACGAGAUCCGCGAGGCCUCGCAGAACUCCGCCUGGGUCGGCUGGCGCAACGACACCAGGCCCGGCCCGCCCGCCAUCGUCUUCGAGUUCGACAAAGUGCGCGAGUUCAGCGCCGUGCAUCUCUACUGCAACAACAAGUUCAUGAGGGAGGUGCAGGUAUUUUCGGAGGCGAUCAUAUCGUUCUCGAUCGGCGGUCACCAUUUCCAAGACGAGCCCAUCCGCUACACGAACGUCGAAGACAACAUCUUCGAGAGCUCCCGCAACGUGAGCAUCAAGCUGCACCACCGCAUCGGCAAGUGGGUCCGCAUCGAGCUGCGGUUCUCCUCGCGCUGGAUCCUGAUCAGCGAGGUCGUCUUCGACUCGGACGUCGCUCAAGGCAACUACACGCCCGAGAGCCAAAAACCAGCCAGUGGCAAAGAGAAAACCAAACUUAUACCGAGCAACCCCCAGAUCCCCAUAUCGACCGCCCACCAGGAGGACCCGCUCUACAUGGCCAUUGUCGUGGGGGUGCUCACGGCGCUCGUGAUCCUGCUGGCCGUCGCCGUGUUCCUCAUCGUACACAGACACCGACACAGAAAGUGCUUCGCGUCCCCCUUGGCGAAGAGCACGGUCUCCCAGAAGAGGGAGGACAGCUACAGCCGCUGCGGAACGUCGUCCCACGUGUCGAUGUUGCCGGCCAAUAAGAUGAAUAUAGACUGCGCGUUAGAUGUUAAGUCCGACGAGUACCAGGAGCCCUAUCAGGCUCUCAAGUGCGCGCCAUAUUUUAGUUAUAGUACCGUGUUGCUAGAGAUGAAAGACUUUGUUAAGGAUUCUAAUACAGCUUUAUCAGAUAGCUCAAAUUACGACUACGCAGUGCCGGAGCUGAGCUCGGCGCCGCUGCUAACGAAGCGGCGGCUCGGCGACAGCCUGUCGGACCGCGCCACCGAGAUCAUGGGCGAGCGGCUCGACCUCGAGGACGCGCGCCUGUCCGCCGCCGGCUCCGUGCGAUCCAAGCACAGCGCCCGGUCGGCGAGCCAGCAGGAGGUGUUCAUAGACAUGAAGCGGAGGCUGGAGACGACCAACGUGAUCGAGUUCCCGCGACACCGGUUGCGCAUGAUCUCCAAACUGGCCGAGGGCGCCUUUGGCACGGUGUACGUGGCGGAAGCGGACGGCGUGCCCGAGUACAACGGCACCAUCACGCCCGAGAAGCGGCUGGUGGCCGUCAAGUUCCUCUGCCACGACGCGUCCGCCAAGGAGAGGUACAUCAUGGAGGAGUUCGAGCGCGACGUGCGCAUCCUCGCAGCGCUAUCUUCACCGCACCUGGCGCGAGUUCUAGGCGCCUGUCGCUCCCCGCCGCUCGCCGUGGUGCUGGAGUACUUGGAGCUGGGCGACCUGUGUGCGCUGCUGAGGGCGGCACCGCCACCUCCUAGUGCGCUGCUGCAUAUAGCCACGCAGAUCGCCGCCGGCAUGCAGUACUUGGAGUCGCUCAACUUUGUACACCGCGACUUGGCAGCCAGGAACAUCCUCGUCGGCAAAGGGUACCAAGUCAAGAUCAGCGAUUUUGGCACCGACAACGAGGCUUACGCCUGUGACUAUUAUAAGGUGGACGGUCGCAUACCGCUCCCGCUGCGCUGGGCGGCGUGGGAGUCGGUGCUGCUGGGCAAGUACACGACCAAGAGCGACGUGUGGGCGUUCGCCGUCACCCUGCACGAGAUCUUCACGCUCUGCCGCCGCCGCCCCUACGAGCACCUCACCGAAAACGAGGUCCUGGAGAACCUCUCCCACCUGCAGCUGGGCGACGGCCUGUUCGAGGUGCUGGCACGACCCGCCGGCUGCCCGCGCGACCUGUACGACCUCAUGCGCGCCUGCUGGCGCCGCGACGAGCUCGCGCGCCCCGCCUUCGCCGACCUGCACCUGCUGCUGCAACGCACGCAUGCGUGAUACAUGUGCUAGAGGCCUGCUCUACCCAUACUGUGAAGUCAGUUUUAUAUUCGUCUCAACCUGUAAACAUAGCCAACUUUAGUGUUUCUACAGAUGUAGUGCGAAAAGCUUUUCCUUCGUAUUUUUCCGGAAACGUUCGUAUUUAUCAUGCUAGUACAGACAGUGUCAGUACGUUUUGUACUGAGACUGACUGAAAUAGCGUCACACGUUCAUACCUUUCCGUAAAAAUGCGAAGGAAAAGCUUUUUACGUACUACAUCUGAAAAACUGCUGAAACGGGGUCAAAAGUUAAGUCACAUAAUAUACUUUACAUUGCGAAGACAAACGUGAUACCGGACGCGUCAAAAUUCAAUGAUGUGUAAAUUGCCAUAACUCACAAAUUAUUUAUUUAGGUAUUAUUACUACACUAUUUAAAUGCGUACAACAAAAAAAAAUCAUUAAAAAGUGAUAACGUUGUUGUAGCAUCUUUGCGAAGCGUGACGACACUACAAUGUUGCCACUUUUAAUUUAUUUUUAAUUGUCGCACUGCCAAUGCUCCAUGCAUUCCAGCUAGGUACAGUUUUUUUUCUGGCAACUUUAUUUUCCUACUCAAUCAAUACAGAAAUCGAGACGAAUUUAUUAAAACGGACUUUGUAGUAGACACUGCGCAACGGCCUUAUAUGAUUGGUAAUCAAACGGGCACCUAUAGGCGGCUCGGCUGUAAUGAAACUGUAACGUAUCCUGUGACGUUAAUGAUCGACCCACCGAUCUGACAAUGAUUCGAAAUAAGUAAUUGUAGAAGACGGGUAAAGAAAAUAAUAUAAAGAUUCGAGUUUGACAACUAUAAAAGAUAACACUGUGCUGUCAAAUUUGAGGCAUUAUUAUUACGUAGACUGUAACCCUUCUACUGUGAUGGAUUAUUAAAAAAAAACUACAACACUGAUGCUUUUCAACAUAUCGACCCAUCUUGACCAUUAGAUCUAGAGCAACUUUUACUUGCUCAAUACGACAUUACCAAAGGACUUCCCACACUAACUUUUAUAGUGGAGCAACUAUUAACAACAUAUCCUGCACAAGGUAUAUUUGCUAUUGGAUGAAUACCUUUAUCAAGUUUAUAAGGCAGCUAUUAUAUUAUCAUGGCAUAAAAAUGCAUGCGCUACCGCCUAACCAAAUAGUUUAAGCAACAAAAGUAGCUACAUGGACAUAGAAUUCAAUAAAUAAGCUAUCGGUUUGUUGAUGUUUCGAAUUCACACGUCCAUUUUGGGACUGGUUGAGAUACUUCAUGCAAACUUAGUUGAUAUAACCCGGCAACCUUCAAAUCAAGAGUGAACAGGCAUCUUCUGGGCGAGUUCACUCCAUCGUAGGCCACGUUUUUUGCUUUUGGCUAGUCUGUGGCCAAUAGUAAGCCCAUUUAUAAUAUAAAAAUAUAUAUAUUAAAAGUAGUUGAGUUAUACUAGUUGCCGUAGCGAACGUGUUAAAGCAGUGGAUGAACUGAACCCACAUACACAACGCAAAUAUACAAUAUAUUAUAAUUAUAACAAACCGAUCUCACACAUAUGUACGCUAUGAUUACUUGAUUAGGUAUGGUUCGAAGCGAACGAAUUGUAUACGUUGCGUACGUAGGCUAAGUUUAUCUGCCUUUAAUUCUUUAGCCAUGUAGAUACUUUUGUUGGAUCUUAGAUUGGUAUUAAUAGCGCAUAACGAUCUCGCGGCCAUCACUACAUCAUCAACAAGUUGACUUGUUUUAUAUGAAUGUAAAUUUUGUACUUAACUCUGCAUCCACCGUAAUGCUUACAAAGAGUUACUUAAGACUGGACCCUAAUAUGACUUAUUGUAUAUAAUUCUCCAGCAUAAUAUUUGACAAUUAUACACCGUGUUGUACGGUACGGUUGUGUCAACUAGUUCGUAUGGAUUGUCACUUUGAUAGAUAUGAAUUAAGUUGAAUAUAUUGAUAAUCUCGGAUAUCAAAUAAGAACUUGGUACUUUACAAAUGCAUUUCUGACUUCUUCGAAAUAGCCAGUAUGUAUUCACUUGUUCAGUGCAAACAACCUUAAACAGUUUUUGUAGCGAAAUCACAACGUUACAAAAACAUUAAUUACUAGUCUAAUGAAAGGUUAAUAUAUUACACCAUCUCCAAGUAAGCCGCUGACAAGUGGAUAUGUGGACCCGCUAGCUUCAUGUAAACUGCUGUGGCGAUACGUAAUCAGAACGUAUCAAUUACGUUUUGGAAACGUUAAUUGAAACUGUGUAUAGAAUCUAUCAAAUUGUACCUUAAGCGAUACUGCAAGAAUCUUAUGAUUAACACUGCCUAAGAAUUUCCCUUAAUAAUGUGAAUCGUUACAAAUUGUAUUUAUGUAUCCAUGCUCGCACGCUAUAAGAUCUCUUUUACA